AUUGUAUUGGCUGAGAGCGGGUCAUUCACCGAGUUAACGUUACGCGUUUGCGUCCCCUUUAUUGUAUGUGCCUUUUUCCCACCAGAAAAGGGUUAUUCCCCCAAAGUAACAUUUACAGUAGAUACAACGGGUUUGCAUUGAAUCCUUAAGUCCUCAGAAUGGACGCUGAUGUAUUGAAGAUGGAAGAAAUGAUCAUGGGAGGUGGAGAGACUGCGGCUGAUGUUGAACUGGCCCCCGUGAAGACAGAUGACACAUACACUACCAUCAUCAUUCCGGAACCUCAGCCAGCUCCUGUCAUUCAGUCAUAUCAGCAUGAAAGCCUGCAGUGUUUCCAAUGUUUUAUCACUUUCUGCAACUCAAAAGCCAAGGAAAGGCACAUGAAGAAGAGUCAUCGGGAAGAGUACAAACAACAACUGCAGCAGUGCGAUACUCUGUUCACUUGCUAUGUGUGUGACCGCACCUUCCCCUCCUCUGAAGAGCUGACACAGCAUCAGUCGACCCACAACAAGGAGGACAAGCCCUUCAAAUGUGCACACUGCCAAGAAAGCUUUCGUACAUUCUCAGAGCUGACAACACAUCGACGACAGGUAUGUCCUGAACGUCAGUUUGCAUGCAAAGAGUGCAACGAGACAUUUCGAAGUCCUGGACUUUUGCGUAAUCACCGUUUGGCCCAGCACCCUGUGCACCUGGAGGGAGAGGAUGCAGAUGAUCCUGCCAAGACCUAUCGAUGUGGCAAAUGCGGUAAGGGUUUUGAAGAAGAGGCAGAGCUACUGCAACAUCAGGAGAACCACGCAGGUGAACGUCACUGCAAUGGUUGCACCCCUGUUAAACGUCGAGGGAGACCCCCAAAAGCUGACAGUGCAUUUUCCGGCGAAAAGAAAAUAAAGCGGAAGAAGGAGGAUGAGGCGGAGGAGGCGAACGAUUCAGAAAAUGCUUCGGCAACACCAACUUCAGCUGAGGCAAAGGGAAAGAUGGGAGUACGGCGAGGACGCCCACCUAAAUCGGACCAGGAGACCAAGGCAGAAGAUGACGAUGCAGAAAAUGAUGAAAAGAAACCUAAAGCUGUUCCAGACCCAACCCGGCAGAUCCCUUGCUCUGAGUGUGACCUCACUUUCCCUGCCCUGGCACAGCUCCGGGCACAUAAGAAAGAAAAGCACACGCAGAGGAAGCCUCAUCCAUGUGCAGAAUGUGAAGAGAGUUUUAACCGACCUGAGCAGCUAGAAGCCCACAUGGCUAGAGCCCACAGUGCUGGCCGGCACACCUGCCCCACAUGUGGAAAAAGCUUUGGCAGAGAGAGUAAUCUGAAGGCUCAUCAACAGACCCAUGAAAAAGAAGAGAAGCUGGCUGGAAAGAGAUAAUUUAGAAUAGGAGAAAUGUGGGGGUUGAAGAGGGAUUCAAGAUUUUGUGUAUAGAAAUGUAGCUGGGGUCAGGGUUUGCUUUAGAUUUAAAGAAUUGCAACACACAGUAGUAUUGUUCAGGUGUGUGAGAAUACGGUUUAAUACUGUGUGAACGUGUUUAUGAAAACUGGAAACCCAAUGUUUGGCUGUCUCAUGCUGUCUGUACAUAGCUUUCGCAUGGUUGGCUAAAGGAAUUUAUACCUGAAUUCACAUCUCUAGGAUAACCAUGUUGUAACUAAUACCAUCAGCAGAAACCCAACGCAAAGCCUUAAUAUAUAUUGUUUGAAGGCUUUUUCAUUUACUUUCUUUUUUCUUUUUGAAAAAUGUUAACAUCUUUUUUUAUAAAUUUAAUGUGUGUUGUUGUUUUUACAUGAUUUUUAGAAGUGUGUAUAAUGGUGGGUGAAAAUUCUACUAAAUGGUUGUAUUCUCAUUAACUAAAUUUGAUUCAAAAUUUCAAUUUUCUAUAGUAGCAUAGAGUGUUACAUGAUAUCUGGCUUUAACGUUACCCACUACUGUGACAUUUCUUGAGUUAAAAUGUUUUAAAUGUCUGAAUAAUUAAUUGAAACGUUUUAAAUGUA